ACAAAGCAGGAUGCCUGUCACAUGACACAUGAAAGCGACAAGCUCUUGGAGGAAAUCACGAGCAAAACUCACUAAUAUUCCUCCAAAAUGUUGGCAUUUUUCCGCAGUAUUCUUGACUGGUUCAAAAGUCUCUUCUGGAAAGAAGAGAUGGAGUUAACGUUAGUGGGUCUACAGUACUCAGGGAAAACAACCUUCGUCAAUGUAAUCGCGUCUGGGCAGUUCAGUGAAGACAUGAUCCCCACCGUAGGAUUCAACAUGAGAAAAGUCUCAAAAGGCAACGUCACGAUUAAGGUUUGGGAUAUUGGAGGGCAGCCUCGCUUUAGAAGCAUGUGGGAACGCUACUGCAGAGGUGUCAACUGCAUUGUUUACAUGGUUGAUGCUGCUGAUCAUGAUAAGCUAGAAGCAUCUAAGAAUGAACUCCAUAACCUAUUGGAAAAGCCUCAGCUAGCAGGGAUACCUAUUUUAGUGCUUGGAAAUAAAAAGGAUCUUCCUAAUUCAUUGGAUGAAAAGGAACUAGUUGAACGAUUGAAUCUAACGUCUGUGCAAGACAGAGAAAUCUGCUGCUACUCUAUCUCUUGCAAAGAAAAAGACAACAUAGAUAUUACUCUGCAAUGGCUUAUUCAGCACUCCAAGUCCAGAGGUUAAAAUAAAAGAGUCAGUCCAUCAUAAAUACCAUUUGUAUACAACAGUGCCAAGAGUGGCAGCUAUCACGAUUAGAAAGCAGUUGCCAACAAAACUGAAAGCAUCUUAUUGCACCCAUCCAAAUAUAAGUCUAAGUAAUAAAGAAACUUCAUAGAAAGGCCCCACAUAUUGAUAAUUCAAUAGUAAUCCAUCGACAGGAAAUUUUCAAUAUCAUACCAAAUAUAACAAAAAGUAAAGUGAUAAGGUAGCACACCUUUGGUUUGGAAAAGUGGUUGCUUGUUUAGAUUAUCUAUUUCAAAAAGAUGGCUCAGAAGUGUGACCCAUUCUUGCUAAACUAUCUAUCUUGACAAAGUGUUAGUGGAACUUUUAUACUAAGGGAUGGACCAUUAGGAAAGUGAUGUCAGGUCAAGAAAGAACCAAAAAAAAAUACAUACAUAAUAUAAAAACCUGUAAAAAAAAUGCACGCAGACAAAAACAGAGAAAAAUGCACAUCAUGCAGACCAGGAAACAAAACUAACAUGACUAAAUCCCCUCCCAUCACUAAAUGGUUCAAACCACUAUUAUCUUUAUUUUUUUAAACCUUAUUUCUGUCUUUCAAAUAGAUAUAUCUCCCAUAUUUUUCUUUUCUUAUAAUUGUCUGAAUUGUUUUGUAAAAGUAGUUCAGGAUUAUAUAGUUAACAGAUUCUCUUCCAGAAAUAAACUACAUUUCAAAACA